AAAAUUGGCUAUUUUUCCAUGUUUUUUUAAGGCAAUAUAGGCCAGGAAAAUGUGUUUUAUGACAUUCUAGAAGGAAAAAACGGUUUUUUAGGCUUUAAAAACAAGAAGUUCAAAAAGUCAAAAAAUUAAGAUUUUUUCAAAGGGGUUACUGCAUGGUUUUUGGCCAAAAUUGGCUAUUUUUCCAUGUUUUUUUUUUAAGGCAAUAUAGGCCAGGAAAAUGUGUUUUAUGAUAUUCUAGAACGAAAUAACAUUUUUUUAGGCUUUAAAAACAAGAAGUUCAAAAAGUCGAAAAAUUGAGAUUUUUUCAACGGGGUUAGUCCAUGGUUUUCGGCCAAAAUUGGCUAUUUUUCCAUGUUUUUUUUUAAGGCAAUAUAGGCCAGGAAAAUGUGUUUUAUGAUAUUCUAGAACGAAAUAACAUUUUUUUAGGCUUUAAAAACAAGAAGUUCAAAAAGUCGAAAAUUGAGAUUUUUUCAAAGGGGUUAGUCCAUGGUUUUCGGCCAAAAUUGGCUAUUUUUCCAUGUUUUUUUUUUAAGGUAAUAUAGGCCAGGAAAAUGUGUUUUAUGACAUUCUAGAAGGAAAAAACGGUAUUUUAGGCUUUAAAAACAAGAAGUUCAAAAAGUCGAAAAAUUGAGAUUUUUUCAAAGGGGUUAGUGCAUGGUUUUCAGCCAAAAUUGGCUAUUUUUCCAUGUUUUUUUAAGGCAAUAUAGGCCAGGAAAAUGUGUUUUAUGACAUUCUAGAAGGAAAAAACGGUUUUUUAGGCUUUAAAAACAAGAAGUUCAAAAAGUCAAAAAAUUAAGAUUUUUUCAAAGGGGUUACUGCAUGGUUUUUGGCCAAAAUUGGCUAUUUUUCCAUGUUUUUUUUUUAAGGCAAUAUAGGCCAGGAAAAUGUGUUUUAUGAUAUUCUAGAACGAAAUAACAUUUUUUUAGGCUUUAAAAACAAGAAGUUCAAAAAGUCGAAAAAUUGAGAUUUUUUCAACGGGGUUAGUCCAUGGUUUUCGGCCAAAAUUGGCUAUUUUUCCAUGUUUUUUUUUAAGGCAAUAUAGGCCAGGAAAAUGUGUUUUAUGAUAUUCUAGAACGAAAUAACAUUUUUUUAGGCUUUAAAAACAAGAAGUUCAAAAAGUCGAAAAUUGAGAUUUUUUCAACGGGGUUAGUCCAUGGUUUUCGGCCAAAAUUGGCUAUUUUUCCAUGUUUUUUUUUUAAGGCAAUAUAGGCCAGGAAAAUGUGUUUUAUGAUAUUCUAGAACGAAAUAACGUUUUUUUAGGCUUUAAAAACAAGAAGUUCAAAAAGUCGAAAAAUUGAGAUUUUUUCAACGGGGUUAGUCCAUGGUUUUCGGCCAAAAUUGGCUAUUUUUCCAUGUUUUUUUUUAAGGCAACAUAGGCCAGGAAAAUGUGUUUUAUGAUAUUCUAGAACGAAAAAACGGUUUUUUAGGCUUUAAAAACAAGAAGUUCAAAAAGUCGAAAAAUUGAGAUUUUUUCAAAGGGGUUAGUCCAUGGUUUUCGGCCAAAAUUGGCUAUUUUUUCAUGUUUUUUUUUUUAAGGCAAUAUAGGCCAGGAAAUGUGUUUUAUGAUAUUCUAGAACAAAAAAACGGUUUUUUAGGCUUUAAAAACAAGAAGUUCAAAAAGUCGAAAAAUUGAGAUUUUUUCAAAGGGGUUAGUGCAUGGUUUUAGUCCAAAAUGGGCAAUUUUUUUCGUCUUCUUUUUUAGGCAAUAUUGGCCAGGAAAAUGUGUUUUAUGAUAUCCUAGAAGAAUUCUAGAAAGAAAAAACGUCUUUCUAAGCUGUAAAAACAAGAAGUUCAAAAAGUCGAUAAAACUGAAUGUAAUUCUAUGAUUGUGUGACGGUACAGUAAUUCCAGUGUGUGUGCCACCAAUAUACAAACAGAGGCCAAAAUGGAAAAUGCCAUUUAUAAUUAUCAUUAUUGUUUACACUUGGGAGCGGAUUCAUUGGAUAAAUCACUUCUAUUCAAGGAGUGUAUAGUUUUGAUUUUUAAUUGGCAGAUUGUGGACACCUGUUUGUAUAAUAUAGGCGAGGAAAAUGUGUUUUAGUUUUGAGUUUUAAUUGGCAGAUUGUGGACACCUGUUUGUAUAACCACUAAAUAUGGUUUCAAGGCUCCAAGCCUUCCAUCACAAGAUUCUAUUGAGCGGUGAUUCAUUUCACAUAACACCCAUUAGCUUAUGACUGUGGUGGGAGUAGGUCACAUUUCAAGCAUAGGUUUUUGUUUCAGUAGCUUUCCCAUUACAUUGUAAAACAUUGUGAUGAGUGGUGGGGCCACUUGUAUGAUUACCUCUUUGUGCUUUCCUUGCUAAAUUAAGUUCCCUACCACCACUUUUCGGAUCAUUAUAUGUUUCCGCGAAACUGCCCACCUACCCCUCCCCUAAGCCAACAUUAACACUUACUUCUCACUUAGGGCAAAAAGUUGGCUUAGGGGAGGGGUAGGUGGGCAGUUUCCCAGAAGCAUAUAAUGAUCCCACUUUUCUAGGCACCAUUUUUCCUUCUCAUCCACUAGCAGGGCUGUCACUAAGUCUUUAAGUUUCUGGAUCUAUGUAAUUAGUCAGCGGGAAAUUGAGCAGCUAGGAAUUUUUUAGGUUUCAUUUUCCUUUUGUUUCCUAUAAAAAUAGCCUGAGGUCAUGCUCAUGGGCUCAGUGAACAUAUUGAUGAAUGGGGUUUGACUGUUAUGGUUCUUAGAAAAUAUAUGAAUUGAUAAACAGAAUAAUUACUAUUGUAAUGUUUAUGAUUGUAACUUGACUUACAUGCUGAUGUAUGCUCAUGUUUUUCUUAUCCAGAUCAGAUGCAUCAUGCCAGAAACAGACGGGAACAAGUCUUCAACACUUAG